UCUGAUUAGAAAUCAGCUAUCAGCAUCCUAGGCAAAACAGAACAGAUGCAUGUUACUAACCAAAGAGAUUGAAAGUUUUUUUCCUUUGCUUUGAUAUCAAUGUACAUUCAAACCAGUUUUCUAAACUAAAAAUCACUCCGUACAUUACCGUUCCACGCUUUUUUGUGCUGCACUAAAAAAAGCAAAAAGUGCGUAGGAGAGCAUUAUAAACAAAGACCAGACGUCUGGUCGCCUUCUAAUAUUGAUUAAUCCGUUAACCUUAGAACAUUCAGGACAAAUAAUCGACGUAGAUUUUUUAGCAAAAUGGUCAAGCUGUACGCUAUGAGUGUUUUCUACAAAGCACCAAGUGAGGCUCGUCUGCUAAAAUCAGCUUACGAUUUGCAGAGUUUUUCCUUUUUCCAACGAGGAUCGGUUCAGGAAUUCAUAAGCUUUGCCAGCAAAACACUCGUCGAACGCACACAGGCGGCUACACGUCAGUCAGUGAAACAGGAUGUGUACAUGUGUCACGUAUACGUCCGAGCGGAUAAUUUGGGCGCGGUGCUGAUAUCUGAUCACGAGUACCCGCAUCGUGUGGCGCACACUUUACUUACUAAAGUGCUUGACGAUUUUAGUGCAAAAAUUAGCAAGGAACAGUGGCCUUCCGCUAGUGAAUCCUCAAUCGAUUUUUCUACGCUGCCAGCUUUACUGACAAAAUACCAAGAUCCGCGCGAAGCCGAUUCUCUAACUAAAAUGCAAGAGGAUUUGGACGAGACGAAAAUAAUUCUUCGCAACACGAUAGAGGCCGUUCUGGAGCGCGGUGAAAAACUGGAUGAUUUGGUCUACAAAUCCGAAUCGCUUUCAAUACAAAGCAAAGCAUUCUACAAAACGGCUAAAAAGACAAACUCAUGCUGCAACUUCGGUUAGAUUCAGUCAAACCCAACCACGGAGAGCAAAUUUCAACCCACCAGCGUGCUAACGGCUGAACUGUUUUCGUUGCUCGGCGAUAUUCUGAUGCCCGCUGUUCCGGCUAUAGCUUGUAUUAAAUACGUCUAGCAAGUUUUAUUUUACUAAACACCAUCGUAUUAUGCUGUACGUUGAGUUCCGUGUUGUCUACAUUUUAUGAAAACUGGUAGAAGAAAAAUAGAAAAAAAAGAAAGCUUAGCAACUAAAUAACCACAUACUGACCUAACCACUAUUAGAAAAAAUCGACCUCAAACAUUCUAUAUGUAAUGUAAUUGAUGAUAUUUUAACUACCUAUUAUACUUUUUUCCAAUAAGGCUGAACGCGCAAUUUUAUGUUUUGACUGAUCACUUCUAGUCGAAUUUAUGAAAAAAAAACAGUAUAUUAGGCUCAAACAUGUAUUCUACUUUGUUGGGCAUGUUGUCAUGACGGGCCACUAUUCCAAGCACCUUCAUUUAUAUAGAUAAUCUACGCUGUGACAAUAACGGACUAAUUUCAAAAUACUAUUCAUAGUGUUUGCUUGUUUGCACCUGAUUACCACAGGAUCCUUUUUUUUUCAUAAAUUUAACGAAAUUCGAAUGUGUCGACCAGAGUAAUCAGUUUUAUUAAUCUAUUUAUUUUGUGUUUGCGUCAGCCUUAUCGCCUUGGUACUACCCGUUAUCUUAUUCGUCGACAAAUAAGAUGAGUGAAAAAUUAAACAUUACCCAAAUAUAAUGAAAAAACUUAUUUUUUGGUGUUAACCGUUAAAUCUGUGCGACAAAUAAAAGCAUCAUACAAGAUAAUACAAAAGUUA